AUGGCCAGCACCGGCCGAGACAGCUUCAAGCUCCCUGAUCCACCACCACGACUCCACACUCGCGACAACAGCAUGGAUCGGCCAGGAACGCCCGCCGAGGCCUUCAUGAGCCCGCAGCAGACACCCCAGGGCAGCCCCAGCAAACACCACCAGCCACCGGGCGCAUUCGAUCUGCCGCAUGUGUUUGAAAAUGCCAUGAGACUGCUGCCCACGGUUGGUUCGCCUUCCAAGCCCAAGCCAGGGUCACCAACAUCGCCCAACAAGCUGAAGUUGGGCGGUGGUGAUGACGCAGACCACAAUCCACACGAUUCCACCAGCAUCACACCGGGCAGCCCUACGCGCAAGUCGAACCAGGAAAACACGCCGCCCAGCGGACGCCCGGGCGUGCAAAAGGAGCCGAGCUAUCUCACACAAGCAGCACAGUCGCGGCAGGAGCCAUACCGCACGCGCGGGGCAGACCAGUCGACACGCUACCUGAACGGCCCUCAGCGGCUCUCGCCCGAAGAUCUGGAGAAGGCGCGCAAGCCGGCAGUAAAGCGACUUGCGAAUGUCACGCAGCUGUACUUCCUCGAUUACUACUACGACCUCCUUACCUACGUGCACACCCGCCAGUCUCGCCUCACUCAAUUCAAGGCCCAGAACCCUCUACCGCCCGAGACACCCGAGCAAGAGUACAGCGAUGCGCUCACACAGUACCUCGGCCGCGAGCGCGCAAACCUACGCAAGCGUCGCACCCGAUUAAGGCAGGGUGACUUCCAGAUCCUCACACAAGUCGGCCAGGGAGGUUAUGGACAAGUGUACCUGGCCCAGAAGAAGGACACACGCGAGGUCUGCGCCUUGAAAGUCAUGAGCAAGAAGCUGCUCUUCAAGCUGGACGAGGUCCGACACGUCUUGACGGAGCGCGACAUCCUGACCAGUGCUAAGAGCGAGUGGUUGGUGCGACUGCUCUACGCCUUCCAAGACGACAAGAGUAUCUAUCUUGCCAUGGAAUACGUCCCAGGAGGUGACUUCCGAACCUUGCUCAACAACACGGGUGUCCUGCACAACCGACAUGCGCGCUUCUACAUUGCCGAGAUGUUCUCAUGCAUCGAUUCACUACAUCAGCUGGGCUACAUUCAUCGCGAUCUGAAGCCCGAGAACUUCUUGAUCGACAGCACUGGCCACGUCAAGUUGACAGAUUUUGGUCUUGCAGCCGGUAUUCUCGCACCCUCCAAGAUCGAAUCGAUGCGCAUCAAGCUUGAGUCAGUGAGCGAUGUUAUUGCUCCGUUCGGUCGACCUAUCGAGGAGCGAUCAGCAGCACAGCGAAGGGACAACUACCGCUCUCUUCGUGAACGAGAUGUCAACUACGCCAAAAGCAUCGUUGGAAGCCCGGACUACAUGGCUCCAGAAGUGCUAAAGGGCGACGAGUACGACUUCACCGUGGAUUACUGGAGCUUAGGGUGCAUGCUCUUCGAGGCCUUGGCUGGCUACCCACCCUUUGCCGGUGCCACAGUUGAUGAGACGUGGCAGAACCUGAAGCAAUGGAAGAAGGUGCUGCGCAAACCCGUCUACGAAGACCCGUCAUAUUUUCUCUCCAAACGCACUUGGGACCUCAUCAUACGACUAGUUGCCUCCAAAUCGACCCGCUUCCGCAACAUCUCUGAGAUCCAUGCCCACCAGUACUUUGCCGAAGUUGACUGGGCGAAGCUGAGAGAGCAGAAAGCGCCGUUUGUACCAGAGCUGGACAGCGAGACGGACGCUGGGUACUUUGAUGAUUUUGGUAACGAAGCCGACAUGGCGAAAUACAAGGAGGUGCAUGAGAAGCAGGCAGCCUUGGAGGCUAUGCAAGAUCGCAACGUCCAGAUGGGCAAGGGCCUCUUUGUCGGGUUUACAUUCCGGCACAAGAAGACAACGGAAGAGAAUGGCAAGCCAGCAAGCCCCAGAAAGCCGCUUCCCAUGGUGGAUGAGAAUUUUGGCACUAUAUUCUAG